GCCCCGGCGCUCCUGGGUCUGCUCCGCCAGCAUCGCUGUCACCUUCAGGUGGCCUCGGGGCCUCGCAGAGGGGCGGUGGGAAGUCUCCUGGCUUCCCAGGGCCUGGGCUGGGAACUGCGCGCUGCAGGAAUCUGGUACCCUCAGGAUCCCAUUUGUCAACUUUCAAACUUUUAUAGAAUGCUGUAAAAAUCUGCCAAAGUUGUUGUCUAAAAGAGAGAGAGGUGUGGCUUCUUCCUAGGAACAGGGACGCCUGCAGUUGCUUUCGAUGCCUAACGUUGCAGAAGCUGGAAGAUCCACUGAUUCUGGACAUGGUGAGCACAAAUCUGAGAACAAGUCCCCAGAAGAGGAUCUACACAGUGCUGUACAAUCUUUUUGCACAAGUACCUCAGGAGCAUCUGUGGUCCCCAGAGGAGAUGGUCACUAUCCUUCGAGUUGUCCAGUGACUCAUACCCGGGAAAAGAUUUAUGCCAUCUGCUCAGAUUAUGCCUUCCUCAACCAGGCAACCUCAGUCUACAAAACUCCCAGCCCAGCCCGCUCUUCUUGCCUCCCUGACAAUACCUCGCUUUCUGCUGAAAGUACUUCAAGAUACAUUGGUAUCCCAACUAGUGCAUCAGAAAUAAUCUAUAAUGAAGAAAAUAGCUUGGAAAACUUAUCCACCAGCCUGGGCAAACUACCUCUCGCAUGGGAAAUUGAUAAAUCUGAAUUUGAUGGGGUUACCACAAAUUUGAAACACAAAUCAGGCAGCGCAAAGAAACAAAUUUCUAAGAAAAAAGCUUCAGAUAAAAAAGGGCGGCAUCAGAGGGAGUGUCCUCAGUAUCCUGCUCUCGAGGAUGUUAAGCAGCGGAAAGUGUUAGACCUCAGACGAUGGUACUGCAUAAGCCGGCCACAAUAUAAGACUUCAUGUGGUAUCUCCUCAUUAAUUUCUUGUUGGAAUUUCUUAUACAGCACAAUGGGAGCUGGGAAUCUCCCACCUAUUACCCAAGAAGAUGCAUUACAUAUUUUGGGCUUCCAACCCCCAUUUGAAGAUAUUAGGUUUGGCCCUUUCACUGGAAAUACAACACUCAUGAGAUGGUUUAGACAAAUUAAUGACCACUUCCAUGUAAAAGGAUGUUCUUAUGUUCUAUAUAAGCCCCAUGGGAAGAACAAAACAGCUGGAGAGACAGCUCCAGGGGCCUUGUCAAAGUUGACCCGAGGAUUGAAAGAUGAGUCAUUGGCUUAUAUCUAUCAUUGCCAAAAUCAUUAUUUUUGUCCAAUUGGCUUUGAAGCAACCCCUGUUAAAGCUAAUAAGGCAUUCAGCAGGGGCCCUCUCUCACCACAGGAAGUAGAAUAUUGGAUUUUAAUUGGAGAGUCAAGUAGAAAACAUCCUGCUAUUCACUGUAAAAGAUGGGCAGAUAUUGUCACUGACCUAAACACUCAAAAUCCAGAAUUCUUAGAUAUCCGUCAUCUAGAAAGAGGGCUGCAGUUCCGGAAAACAAAGAAGGUUGGAGGAAAUUUGCAUUGUAUCAUAGCAUUCCAGAGACUCAGUUGGCAAAGAUUUGGCUUUUGGAACUUUCCAUUUGGAACCAUUAGACAAGAAUCACAGCCUCCCACACAUGCCCAAGGAAUUGCCAAAUCUGAGAGUGAAGACAAUAUCUCCAAGAAGCAGCAUGGGCGUCUGGGCAGGUCCUUCAGUGCUAGCUUCCAUCAGGACUCAGCAUGGAAGAAGAUGUCUAAUAUUAGCAUCUGGUUAAACCAAGCACUUAAAGGAGUCCGAGAUCGCCAUGGGAACCCUGUAGAAAAUGCACAUCUUCUCACAUUGUUCCACCGGCUUUGCAAACUUCUGUUUUUUCGUAUUCGUCCUAUUUUUGUAUUUGAUGGAGAUGCUCCACUGCUAAAGAAACAGACCUUGGCAAAAAGAAGGCAGAAGAAGGAUUCCGCAUCCACUGACUCCAGAAGAACCACGGAGAAGCUUCUGAAAACCUUUCUGAAGAGACAGGCUCUGAAAACUGCCUUCAGAAGCAAAAGAAAUGAAGCUCUACCCAGUCUUACUCAAGUUCAAAGAAAGGAUGACAUCUAUGUUUUGCCACCUUUGCAAGAGGAAGAAAAACAUAGUUCAGAAGAGGAAGAUGAAAAGCAGUGGCAAGCAAGAAUGGAUCAAAAGCAAGCUUUGCAGGAAGAAUUCUUUCAUAAUCCUCAGGCCAUAGAUAUUGAGUCUGAGGAUUUCAGCAGCCUGCCGCCUGAAGUAAAGCACGAGAUCUUGACUGACAUGAAAGAGUUUACCAAGCGAAGACGAACAUUGUUUGAAGCAAUGCCAGAGGAGUCUAACGAUUUUUCACAGUACCAGCUGAAAGGUUUGCUUAAGAAAAACUACCUAAACCAGCACAUAGAAAAUGUCCAAAAGGAAAUGAACCAGCAGCACUCAGGACAAAUCCAGAGGCAAUACGAAGAUGAGGGAGGAUUUCUGAAGGAGAUAGAGUCAAGGAGAGUGGUCUCUGAAGACACCUCACACUACAUCUUGAUAAAAGGUAUUCAAGCUAAGAAAGUUAUGGAUGUGGAUUCAGAGACUUCUCCUUCUUCAAGCAAAAUGCAUAGCAUGUCCUUUGACCUGAAGUCAUCACCCCAUGAGAAAGUGAAGCCAGAGAAAGAGCCAGAGGCCACACCCCCUUCUCCAAGAACUUUACUGGCUAUGCAGGCAGCCAUGCUGGGAAGUAGCUCAGAAGAGGAGCCGGAGAGUGGAGAGGGAAGGCAGUCUAGGGAGAGGAACUUGUGGGCCACUGCAGAUGCAGGCUCCAUAUCGCCACAGACCCUCGCAGCUAUUCAGAGAGUUCUGGACGAUGAUGAGGAUGGGAAAGUGUGUGAGAGGGGUGAUGAGCCAACAGGAAGGACGUUGAUGACAGUGGGUGAUGAUAAAGAUGGGAAAGUGUAUGCAAGUAGUGAUGAACUGGCAGUGAGGACACUGCUUGGAAAUACGCCAGACCAGGAGCACAGUGAUGGAGUUGUAGUGAGAGAUGGAGGCAUGCCAUUUGCCACAGUUCCUCCUUUACCCACCAUGACUGCAGGAAAGGAGGGUGUGGUCAGCUCCAGUAGUGAAAAAGAACAGACAGCCUCAGCUCAUUCAUUGAGUACUCCUUGUCAUCAAGCUGGUGAAUGCUGUGCUCCAAAAGAACAAAUGUCACUUAUUCAUGUGGCGAAUGAAACAUCUCAGAUAAGCAGUGAGUGUGAGGUUGGGGGUAAGCAAGCUCUCCUUCCAUUAGCAUGCACUGAGUUUCCAUGCAGUGAUGCCUCUGGGCUCCUCAGCGAAAGGAAACUGACCCUGGUACCUCCAACAAGAACACAUUCUGCUCAGAAGAUAGACACACACCCUGAAGAGUCUGAGCUGCAGAAAGGUCUCAACCCACCUGAGAGUAAAUGCAUUUCCUCUUGUUUUUCAAGUGACGAAACAGAAAGUGGGCAAACUCCUGCUUCCAAAGCAUGGAGCACAGUUCACGUCCUGUCAGAGGCAAUGGGUAACUUAGAAAAGGCUGACGAACAUGGAGAUUCCCUGAGAACCAUCCAGCAGCUGGAGAUGCCUGAAGCUGCUGCCAACGAGUUGAUUUCAGUCCCAGAGCCCAUGGGAUCAAUGGGGAUGGAGUCUGAAGAAAGCGAGUCUGAUGGAAGUUUCGUUGAGGUGCAGAGUGUGAUCAGUGAUGGUGAACUUGAAACAGAGUCAUCAGAGGCUUCUAAACCUCCCUCUGAACAAGAUGAAGAGGAACCAAGAGGAAUUCUGGUAGAAGAAACCCCCAGAGACACAGAACACCUCCUACAGGACAGCUUUGACAGUGAAGACUUGGCUAAGGAAGAACACAACAAAGCUGACAGAGAUGCUGAGGACUCGCCUAAUGAAUGGCUAGAUAUUAAUCUGGAGGAACUAGACAGCCUGGAGAGUAACCUCUUAGCAGAGCAGAAUUCACUGGAAGCUCAAAAACAGCAGCAAGAACGGAUUGCUGCCUCUGUAACAGGCCAGAUGUUUCUGGAAAGUCAGGAACUCCUGCGCUUGUUUGGCAUUCCCUAUAUCCAGGCUCCCAUGGAGGCAGAGGCACAGUGUGCCAUCCUGGACCUUACUGAUCAGACUUCUGGGACCAUCACUGAUGAUAGUGAUAUCUGGCUCUUUGGGGCCCGGCAUGUCUAUAAAAAUUUUUUUAACAAAAACAAGUUUGUAGAAUACUACCAAUAUGUGGAUUUUCAUAACCAAUUAGGAUUGGACCGGAACAAAUUAAUCAACUUGGCUUAUCUACUGGGCAGUGAUUAUACUGAAGGGAUCCCAACUGUUGGCUGUGUAACAGCCAUGGAGAUUCUCAAUGAAUUCCCCGGACGAGGUCUGGACCCACUCCUAAAAUUCUCAGAGUGGUGGCAUGAAGCUCAAAACAGCAAGAAGGUUGCAGCCAAUCCCCAUGACACCAAAGUAAAAAAGAAGUUACGGAAGUUGCAGCUGACACCUGGCUUCCCCAACCCUGCAGUUGCAGAUGCUUACCUCAGGCCUGUGGUGGAUGACUCCAGGGGAUCAUUUCUAUGGGGCAAACCUGAUAUUGACAAGAUUAGAGAAUUUUGUCAGAGGUAUUUUGGCUGGAACAAGACGAAGACAGAUGAAUCCCUUUUUCCAGUACUAAAGCAACUGAAUGCCCAGCAGACCCAGCUACGGAUUGAUUCUUUUUUUAGAUUAGCUCAACAGGACAAACAAGAUGCCAAACACAUAAAAAGCCAAAGGCUUAACAGAGCUGUGACAUGUAUGCUAAGGAAAGAAAGAGAAGAGACAGCUAGUGAGCUGGAGAAAGAUUCUGAGGUCCUGGAUGAGUCAAAAUGGAAAACCCGAAAAAGAAGCCUGAUGAGCCCAAGAGAGACAUCAGUCUCCCCAAAAAGGAGGUCUUCAGGAAGUGGUGGAUUUCUGGGGGACACCCACCUCUCAGAAUCACCUGGGGAUUCAAGUGAGGAUACAGAAAGUUUAUCUGUGACCUGCACACGGCAGAGAAAAACAGCUGAGUCCUCCACAGGCAGCUGUUCGGAUUUGCCUGAAGUAGUGAGAGAUGCUCACAGAAGGGAUGGUUAUAUGUCCACUAGCAGCUCCAGUGAGGACAAUGGGGACAAAGCCAAGGCUGUCCUAGUGACUGCUAAACCUGUAUUUGGGAAGAAAAAAGGGAAGCUAAUGAAGAGAAGGAAAAGAAAAGCCCAAUUUAACAAGGCCAUCAAUUUGGAAGAACAAUGUUUUCAGUGAAUAUGUAUUGAGAGCACAAGAUUAAAUCUAUUUAUACAAU